AUGGUAACAGAUAAUAGUAAUAGAAGUAAAAAUAAAAGUAAAAAAAUGGCAACAGAUAAAACAAAUAAUAGUAAUAAUAGUAAAGAUAAUUCUAUUGCAAGUAUUACAAUUAAGGAAAUGGUGAAUAAAAUUAAAAUUUUAAAUCAAAAUAAUAAUAAAAAUAGGGAUAGUAGUGAAUUAUCUAUUUUUAAUUUUUUUAAAAUUUAUAGUUUAUUAUUUGAAUACAGAAUAGUAUUUAUAAAUAUAUUUAAAUUUAGAUGGAGUGAAGAGACAUUAUCAAAAUGGCAAUCAAAUGAUAAAUUUGGUUCACUCUUAAUAAAUAAUAUUCAAAAUGAAGAAAUCUAUAAAAGUUUUAAGGAAGAUCAGAAAAAGCAAAUAAAAAGUGGUCGUUUAGAAGAAUGGGAUUUAGAAUUAAUUGCAACAAUUUUAAAAAUAUAUAAUUAUAAGAAAAUGGAUAGGGCCGAAAUGGAAGCUCAAAAUAAAAAAAUAUUAACAAUAAAACUCUAUUAUUUAAAAGUGUUAAAACUUAGAGAAUUAAAACAUUUUUAUUUAGAUGAAGGUGAAACCAGUAAAAUCAUGUCAAUCAUUAACGAUUCAUUCUCACUUAUAGAUAUCUCAGCCAUUGGUGAUAAUAUAGUGGGCAUAUUGGAUUUUUAUGAGAGCGUUGUAAAAGAUGAUAACUAUAAUGAAGAAGAAUUCCCUGGUUACCAAAAUACAAAGAGUCAGAUUAAAACUUUGGACAAAUACUGUAAAGAUAUGAAUAAAACUAUUUUAGACAUUGUUAAUGUCGGCGAAGAAGAAAAACUGGAUUCUUUCAAGAUGGGAAUCAAAUUUGGUAUAGAUAACUUUACUAAAGAUUAUACAUCUUCAACCAUCAAAGCUAAAAUGCAUUGUAUCAAAAGUUCUAUGAAUAUGGCAAUAUUUAAGUACUACACAUUCAAAGAUGAUAUGAAUCAUAUUCAAAAAAACAAGAGCUUAAUAAUGGAAGCUAGGGAAGAUGCUAUUGAUGCCAUUGUUUCAAAGUUUGUUUACUAUGAAGGUUAUUAUAGGUUAGGAGAAACAUAUAAAGUUGUUGGUGAUUAUCACAUGGCCAUAAAGUUAUACGAAAUUGCCAUUGGACUCGACCCAUCUCAAGAUUGUUUAUAUACUGCAAGGGAAAUAGCUUUGAAAAGAUUAUCAGAGAGAGUAUACGACCCAUUAACAGGAGAAAGAGAUUUUCAUCAAGAGGCACUAAAUUUUGUUAAAGAACACGAUUUCAUAAAUACUGGGUUUGUGGAUGGCGCAUCGUACGAUAAAAUUGAAUUAAAUAACGAACCAUUCAAAACUAUAUAUCGUAAAGCAUUAAGGGAAAACAAAAUAUAUGGAUGUAAAGAUAAAUAUCUUAUAGAAGGUGUUGCUUAUCAAUGUGAUGCCCUCCACUCAAUAGCAAAUAAAAACGAAUAUCAAGCAUACAAAUCUUUUUGCAAAGCAGCCACCUAUAAUCUAAGUUUUAGUUAUCUUUUCCUUUCAGAGUUUCAUAGAGCUUACAGUUCCGUAAAAUGUGAUGAAGUUCCCAAGGACCCAUUCAAAGAAUUGGUUUUACUCUUUCAAUCUUCACUAGCAUUGCCAACACCCAAACUUAGAGUACCCAGUAAUCCAAAUUUAGAAGAACAGUUUGACUCAAACCUACCAACAAACUAUUGUAAGGUUGCCUCAAAGUUUUUUUAUGGUAUUAACGGACUUGAUAUGGAUUUAGAUAGAAGUUUAUACUAUUUCGAUAAAUCAAUUGAUAAUCUAGAAUUAAAUGGAACAUUAAAGUUUGCAAUUUUCCUCAUGAAAUUCUUUGAAGAUCCAUUUUUCAAAUGUGAGAAAGAUGAAAUGUUUGCACAUGUUAUGUUAAAAUCUCUAGCUAGUAAGAGUUCAGAAAAAGGAAGAUUAGUAUACUCUUAUUUAGAUGGAUUAAAAAAAAAUAGAGUGGAAAUUUUAGAUUACAUACAUAAUGAUGGUGUAAAAAACAAUAAAGCAGCUUUUAUUCAUACACAUUUCAAUUAUAAUAAUAAAUAA